CAAACAAGCCUUUUUUUCUUUCCUUUUUCAUUAUCAUCAUCUUUAUGCAAUAACCUACAAUUCAAUUUCUAUCUCAAAAAGAAGGCAAAAUAAUAAUAAUAAUAAUAAUAAUAAAUUCCCCCUUCUCUCUCUCUCUCUCUCCCCCUCUGUUUUUUUUUUAAAUAAAAAUAAAAAUAAUGAUAUGAUCCUGUCAAGCGAGAAGAAAAUCUCUCCUUUCAAGAAACAUAGUUGUGGGUUUUGUUAGAAAUUCAGUUUUAAAUAAUGGGUGAUCUUCAAGUUUGUGGCCUUCCAACUGAAAACGGCCAUCUUCACCACCACCACCACCAUCACCAUAACGAUCAUGAUCAGCACCAUCGCCUUCUGGGUUCGGGUCAAGACCCGGUUUCUCCUUCUUCUUCGAAUCCGGAUCCCAGGUCAAUUGUUGAAGAGAAUUGGGAGAGAGCAGAGGAAGUUGCGGCAGAGAUUGUUUAUAGAAUACACCCAACUGUAGAAUCCAGUUUCAAGAGGAAACAAGUUAUUGAUUAUGUUCAAAGACUCAUCAGAUACUCUCUUGGGUUCGAGGUGUUCCCAUAUGGGUCAGUUCCUUUAAAGACAUAUCUCCCUGAUGGGGAUAUUGACUUGACUGCCAUUAGCAGUCCUGUCCUUGAGGAAGCUUUGGUCUCUGAUGUUUAUACUGUUCUAAGAGGAGAAGAGCUGAAUGAGGAUGCCCUGUAUGAAGUGAAGGAUGUCCAUUGCAUUGAUGCCGAGGUUAAGCUUAUAAAAUGUGUUGUACAGAAUACGGUGGUAGAUAUUUCCUUCAAUCAAUUGGGAGGACUUUGUACCCUAUGCUUUCUUGAAAAGGUUGAUCGGCUCGUUGGAAAAAACCACCUCUUCAAGCGCAGCAUCAUUCUGAUCAAAGCUUGGUGCUAUUAUGAGAGUCGUAUUCUUGGUGCCCAUCAUGGUUUGAUUUCAACAUAUGCUUUGGAAACGCUAAUUCUGUACAUCUUCCAUCUAUUUCACUCUUCCUUAAACGGGCCUUUGGCGGUUCUCUACAAAUUUUUGGAUUACUUCAGCAAGUUUGACUGGGAGAAUUAUUGUAUUAGUUUAAAUGGACCAGUCUGCAAAUCUUCCCUUCCCAAUAUUGUUGCUAAGCCACCUGAAAAUGUGAGCGGUGAAUUAUUGCUGAGUGAUGAAUUUCUCAAAGAUUGUGUGGAUAGGUUCUAUGUCCCGUCAAGAAAGCCUGAGAUGAAUUCACGGCCUUUUCCCCAAAAGCAUCUUAAUAUAGUUGAUCCUUUGAAGGAAAAUAAUAACCUUGGGCGCAGUGUCAACAGAGGUAAUUUCUUUCGAAUAAGGAGUGCCUUCAAAUAUGGGGGUCGCAAGCUUGGCCGAAUUCUUUUGUUACCCAGAGAGAAAAUAGCUGAUGAGCUCAAAACAUUCUUUGCAAAUACUUUGGAUAGGCAUGGAAGUGACUAUUGGAGUGGUGUGCAAAAUUCUGAAUUAGCAUCUGUUGCUAGAAGUUCUGAUAAUUCAGUUUCACUGUCAUCGCAUUCUGAUACAUGCUCUGAAGACAAUACACGUCUGAAAUCCACUGAUGGCUAUGAUAAGGAUACAUUAUUUUCUGAAAAAUCUGAUCAUACUUCUCAAGUCCAUCACCCCGGCCUAUCUGGUGAAAAUGGAAGAAUUAAAAAUGGCAUCUCCUGUAGAGAAAUGCUUAUAAAUUCUGGAACCGAGGAUGGAAUGAGCUGCACUGUAGGGUCUGAACCUAAACAGAAUCAUUUUGUGAAUAGCAAUUUAGUCUGUUCAUGUACUAAGCUUGAGGGAAUAGCUCCAUCUGCUUCAACAACCCCCAAUUCUGCUGAAAGUGGCCCAGAGAACCUAUCACCUACUCUUGGAGGAAAAUACUUUGCUGGCAUUCCUAGAAACUCCCAACCUUUGAAAUCCUUGUUGGGCCUCAGAGGGGAUCACAAUGACCACUUACGAAGUUUGGCAUACAGUCAGUAUUGCCAUAUGUAUGCUGUAUCUGCACCUAUACCACCCUGUCCUUCCAUGUCACCUCAGUCAGAGAAGAAUAAUGGUUGGGAAACUGUUCGACAGUCCCUACAGUUGAAGCGGAAUGGUCAUUCUCAAAUGAACACGAACCAUAUUUAUGGAACACAAUUCUAUUGUGUUAACCCAGUGGCACCAGUUAGAGCUGCUACAAAUUCUGAAGAAAAGAAGGAACGACGAGGAACAGGAACAUACAUUCCCAACAUGAGCUAUCACGCAUAUAUGGGGGAUAGGCUGUACUCGGGAAAAGGAAGGACUCAGGCACUAGUGAAUCAUGGUCAGUUGUAUAAACAUGCCCAUGAAAAUGAUUUGCCUACAACUUCGCAGGAGAAGAAUUUGUCUGAACAUGGCCAUGAUCUUUCUGAGGCUGAGUACCCACAUCUUGGUAAUGGGAAGCCUAUGCCACCAGAUGCUCACCACUCUUACCCUUCUGCAUGGGGAUCUUCCAACGCCUAUAGCUCCUCCCGUGCAUCAGUGAGAACUGAUUGUGGAUCUCAGGGCCUUCAGCAUCCUGAAGGGCUUCCAUCCUCAUCAGAUUUGGGCACAUCGUACUCUGGGGCCUCAGCUACAAGCCCUGUCGCAUCAGUGGUCGAGGACCCUGACUCAAUUUUGGAAACUGAGCAAGAAAGGGCUUUGUUGCAGCAAUAUCAUCUUAAAGACGAUGUUGAUUUUCCUCCUCUGACUCAUAAGGAUUUGUGAAACAUAGAUUAACGGAAGACAGUGAGCGUAACUAUAGAUUCUAAUGACUAUCCGAGAUUGGGUGAAGACUCCUGGUUUGCUCCUCUUCUUGCGCUUCUGUUUGGAGGUUGCGGUCAUUAUGAUGUACAAAAUGACCUUUCUCCAUCCACCGUUUUGGUUUGCGACACCGAGUGCAUGUAUCAACUAGCUGCUGUUUGCUCCGAUUUUAUGUUUCCAUCUAAAUGCUUGUAGGAUAUGGAGGUAGUCUAACAGAAGAGGUUUGUGUAGAUAUAUUUUCAGCGAGCAUAGAAACACCGAAUGCCGGUUGUUGCUUUUUUCUUGGUACACAGCAGCACUAGCCCUGUACCAAAUAUUGAGAAGAACAACAAAGAAUCGAGUGGACUCGAGUAAUUAGACACCAGUGUUUUCCUUUGACUUCAUCAUAACUCAUGAAGGUGUGCAUUGUGGAGCUAAAUCCUCAGAGUGUUGAAAAUCUCCCAAAUGUGCAGUUAAAAUCCCUCGGAGCUUGGUGUCAUCAUGAUGUUCAGAAUGAUCACUCUCACCCACGGGCUGAUGUCCAGCAGUAUGUUUGACUCUUGAGUUUUUUUUUGGGGGUAAUUUUCCAUCAAGAGCCUGUAGAAUCCACAGGUGGUCCAAUGUUUAGAUCAACAGAACCUGAUUUGGUCGUAAAAAACCAAGUUCAUGUAAAAUUUUGUAUUUAGAUCUUUUUUAUCCUUUUGAAUUCAACGGUAAGGAGUAUUCUUGAACGCUGAA